CUCAUCUUACCUCUUCCCAAUUCAACAAGAAGGCCAAACACAAAAUAUUUCAGGCUUUAUUUUAAAGGCAAGUGAGACUGCUUCAAAUAAAACAACUCGAAGCUUCCAAGAAACAGUUAAGAGAAGGCGGAGACGAGCAGAAACACUUCUUCGUUGACACACGGUUGCCAUGGACCUACAUAAGCAGUGGGAGAACACAGAAACUAGCUGGCAUAAGGAAAAGAUGGAAUUACUGGACCAGUUUGACAAUGAAAGAAAGGAAUGGGAAAGUCAAUGGAAGAUCAUGCAGAAGAAGAUAGAAGAGCUUUGCCAAGAAGUAAAGCUUCGGAGGAAAAUCAACAUGAACGAACGCUCUAAGGUCAUUGGUCUCGAUCAUGAGAAAGACAUUCAAGAAAUGUUGGAAUCUUCUUCAAACAACCCCAAUUCAGGACAAUGUGAAUUUACAGGGAUGAAUCAUAGGGAUGGUCUGGAGAAAGAAAAUAAAUCAGGGCAGUGCUUACCCUGUGGAGGAAAUCAGUUGUGUAAGGAACAAAAAGCAACAAAAAAAGCAAAAGUAGGGUUUAUGGAUCCUGCCACCACAGACAACCAAAAGGAAUUCCAGGCCUGGCCAGGCCCGAGGACUUCUGAAGAAGAGAGUAAGAGCGGUUCUGGAGCCCUCAGCACUGCUCUUGAAGAACUUGCCAAAGUUAGUGAAGAAUUAUGCAGCUUUCAAGAGGAAAUUCGAAAGCGGUCUAGCCACAGAAGGAUGAAGUCAGACUCUUUCCUCCAAGAAAUGCCAAAUGUAGUCAGUGCACCUCAUGGGGAUCACUUGAUCAAAAAUGGCCCAUGCAUUCUUCCAAUCAGUUUAGAAAAAGAAAAACAGAAAAAUAGAAAGAAUCUGAGCUGUACCAAUAUGCUUCCAGGCAAUUCUGUGAAAAAAUGUGGAAUUGAUACAAUUGAUUUGGAAAGGAAUCAAACCCCACCAAUUCCUCCUCCAAGAAGCACCUCUCGAAAUUUUCCCAGCUCAUAUUCUGAACAAGCCCAAGAAAGAUUGAAGGAAAGUUCAGACUACAACAGCUGGGUGGCCCAGGAGGGUCAAGGUGAAAAGAGCUGCAAUCUUCAUUCCAUUUUGAGGCUGCAAGAGAUGCCUAUAUCAUAUCCAGAUGAAGGAAAGACUAUGAAAGAUGGUAUGAUGUUUUCUUCUUUGACACCAGGAGUCAAAAUAGAUAGCAAGCCUUCAGAUAAUGAAGAUGGGUUUGGCAUGUGGUCAGGUGACAUUGAGAUAGGUGUGAAAAAGAGCCCCUCUUCUUUGUGGUUUCAGAAAACCUGCUCUACCCUCAAUAUGCCAAAAUUUGAAAAGGAGAUCCCAGAUCACCCUGCUAAAUCUCAUUCUGAUCUUUACGUAGGUAAUGGCCGUAGUUCCUCGAUGACACAGAGCAGUGGUCCACCUAGAAGUUUCAGUUGUGGCUUUGAAAGGACUGCAAGGAAUGAAAAGUUAGCAGCAAAGACUGAUGAAUUUAACAGAACUGUAUUUAGAACAGAUAGACAUUGUCGUGCAAUACAGCAAAAUCAAAGCUACUCAAAAUUAUCUGGGGAUCUUAAGCCCUGUGAUAACUUAACAACUCCUGUUGGUAGCAUAUCAGAUAUAUCAGGUAGUGAGAGUGUGACUGGUAUUCUGAAAGCCAGUGCCCAUAUGCCUGUGCCUAUGGGAAAGAUGUCUGAUAAUCCUACCAAGAAAUCCACAGCAGGUCUGGUCAGACAAAUGCAGGAACACAUAAAUCCUAGCAGUUAUCGGAACAUGCUCCACGAGCAUGACUGGAGACCAAGCAAUUUGUCUGGCCGACCGAGGUCAGCUGACCCCAGAUCAAAUUAUGGUGUUGUGGAAAAGCUGCUGAAAACCUAUGAGACAUCAACAGGAUCUUCACUGCAAAAUUCUAAGUGUUUCCGGGAUAAUGGGACCAAAUGUAAUUCUGAUGUCAGUGGUGGUGCUACAUCAAGUCAGCAUUUAGAAAUGCUUCAAAUGGAACAAGAAUUGCAGAGAAAGACAUCUUUGUGUGGGGGACAGCAAGUGAAGCAAGGAAUAGAUUGGAAAAAGAUAACAGAGGAAUCCAUGGCAGUGAAAGUCUCAAAUGGAAAAGGAUUUUCCCGACCUGCCAGACCAGCAAAUCGCCGUCUCCCAUCCCGAUGGGCAUCCAGAUCUCCAUCAGCACCACCUGCCUUGCGAAGAACUGCGCAGAGCUAUACCAUUUCUCUGAGAUCUGAGGCACCGAUGGUCUAAGUCUCUAGUCUGGAUUGCUAGAUUACAAAACUUCUAGUCCCAAUUGCCAAACUGAACAUUCUGAGUGUUUACAGCCAAUCCUGUUCUCUUCUGUAUCAUUCAAGAUCACUGGGACAAACAAUUUCAAUCUUAACUUUCCAUCAGUCUUCAGUGUUUUUAAUCUAUGGAAUAAUUAUCUCCUCAUAUUUUGAUUUCUUAGGUCAGAAUUUUUUAAUGCCAUCUUCAUUAAUUUUCCAAUAUGGUUAAGUUGAAACAAUGUACAAUAUUGUAUAUUCUAACUUUCUUGCAAGUGCAGAAAGCAAGGUUAUGUGCAUGGCCCUGUGUUUGUAGGUGCAUGUGUCGUAAUAGGAAGCAUUCUAGUAUGUAUUUAGGUAAGAAAAACGUAUGUGCUCGUGUUGACUUUGAAAUUAUAACAUGUAUACCUAU